AGUAAAAUGUAGCAGACUAAUAAUUUCAUGUUGCCCAUAAGUAACACACCCGGAUGGAGCCCACAGAGCCCGUUUAUGUGCCGUGUUUGGGUGACCCACAACUUCUGAACUAACGGGGGCGUCGAUCGUGCGCUGAAAUUCGCAGCGCGACGUUUCCCCACGGCGCGCGAAGGCGGACUUCCCCGACGUCACUUUGAAUGAAAAAGAAGCGCUCCCAGCUGAAGUCCACGCAGAGCAGAGGGGAGGCUCCUCCAGCAGAGACAGCACCUCCCGUCAGAGCUGGGACAGAGGAGAGGACCACUAGCAAAUAAAAAAAAAAAACACCCGGGACGACAGCAAGUUGUGGCGGCGCGGUUUCUCUUUUUCCCCUUCAGUCCGUUAUGGCUGAUCAUCUUUUGCACUACAGCGACUCGGCCGGGGUGGGGAACCGAUUCGCCCGCAAAGGCGCUUUGCGGCAGAAAAAUGUGCACGAAGUGAAGAACCACAAAUUUACUGCGAGGUUUUUCAAGCAGCCGACGUUCUGCAGCCAUUGUAAGGACUUCAUAUGGGGAUUUGGGAAACAAGGAUUUCAAUGUCAAGUGUGCUGUUUUGUGGUCCACAAGCGGUGCCAUGAGUUUGUCACCUUCUCCUGUCCCGGAGCCGACAAGGGUCCUGACACAGACGACCCCAGAAGCAAGCACAAGUUCAAGAUCCACACAUACGGCAGCCCCACCUUCUGUGACCACUGCGGUUCGCUGCUGUACGGGCUCAUCCACCAGGGGAUGAAAUGUGACACCUGCGACAUGAACGUGCACAACCAGUGUGUGGUCAACGUGCCGAGCCUGUGCGGGACGGACCACACGGAGCGUCGGGGUCGCAUCUUCCUCAAGAUUGAGGUCAGCUUGGACCGGCUACACGUCACAGUGGGCGAAGCCAGGAACCUGAUUCCUAUGGAUCCCAAUGGUCUAUCAGACCCUUAUGUUAAACUGAAGCUCAUCCCCGACCCAAAGAAUGAGACCAAACAGAAGACCAGAACCAUCCGUUCGUCUCUCAACCCCUGCUGGAACGAGUCCUUCAGCUUUAAGCUAAAAGCAUCUGAUAAGGACCGCCGUCUGUCCAUUGAGGUGUGGGACUGGGACCGGACCACCCGCAACGACUUCAUGGGCUCCAUGUCCUUCGGGGUGUCCGAGCUCAUCAAAGCUCCCAACUGUGGAUGGUACAAGUUGCUGAACCAGGAGGAAGGAGAGUACUACAACGUUCCCAUCCCUGAGAUGGACGACGUCAACCUGGAGCUCAGACAGAAGUUUGAGGCCUGUCAGUUAAAUAUCCACUAUCUAAAGAAAGCCAAGCUGGGCCACGGUAAGAAAGUGAUCACGCCAUCGGACCACCGGCGGUUCAGCCUGCCCUCAGGUAACAUGGACCGGAUCCGACUGAACGACUUCAACUUCCUGUCCCUGCUGGGGAAGGGAAGCUUCGGCAAGGUGAUGCUCGCGGAGAUGAAGUCGACAGAGGAGCUGUACGCCAUCAAGAUCCUGAAGAAGGACGUGGUGAUCCAGGACGACGACGUCGAGUGCACGAUGGUGGAGAAGAGGGUCUUGGCCCAGAGGGACAAACCGCCCUUCCUCACGCAGCUGCACUCCUGCUUCCAGACGGUGGAUCGGCUGUACUUUGUAAUGGAGUACAUCAACGGGGGAGAUCUUAUGUAUCACAUCCAACGUAUGGGGAAAUUCAAGGAGCCUCAGGCAGUGUUUUACGCUGCAGAGAUUGCUGUUGGUUUGUUUUUCUUACACCGAAAGGGAAUCAUCUACAGGGAUCUGAAGCUCGACAACGUGAUGCUGGACUCCGAGGGCCACAUCAAAAUCGCCGACUUUGGCAUGUGUAAGGAGAACAUGUACGAGGGCAUGUCCACGCGCACCUUCUGUGGGACCCCGGACUACAUCGCCCCAGAGAUUAUAGCAUACCAGCCUUAUGCAAAAUCAGUGGACUGGUGGGCUUAUGGAGUUCUUCUGUAUGAGAUGCUGGCCGGACAGCCCCCGUUUGAUGGAGAAGAUGAAGAUGAGCUCUUUCAGUCCAUCAUGGAGCACAACGUGUCCUACCCCAAGUCCAUGUCUAAAGAAGCUGUGUCCAUCUGCAAAGGACUGAUGACCAAGCACCCGUCAAAGCGCCUCGGCUGCGGCUCGGAGGGGGAGAGGGACAUCCGGGAGCAGGCCUUCUUCAGACGCAUCGACUGGGAGCGCCUGGCCAACAGAGAGAUCCAGCCGCCGUUCAAACCCAAAGUGGGCGGUAAAGGAGCAGAAAACUUUGACAAGUUCUUCACCCGUACGCAGCCCGUGCUGACGCCCCCCGACCAGCUAGUCAUCGCCAACAUCGACCAGAGCGAGUUCGCCGGCUUCUCCUACAUCAACGCUCAGUUCAUCCAUCCAUCCCUGCACAGUGUGGUAUGAGAGCAGCCUUCACAGACUCCUCAACAGUGGUCGCUCUACUACUCGUCAAUAUCUGUGCACCGGGGGUUUAGGGGAGCGGUGUGGAAGGAAAAGGACAAGGCACUGAUAUUUGUGCAUUAUCCCCCCCUCUUAGCAUCUCUUAUUCUUUAUUAUGUACAGUAUCUGUGUUUAUCCAAACCUGCAGCCUUUUUUUUUCUUGUGUAUGAAUGUGUCUAUCGGUUGAUUUUGUUGAUGUUCCCCAUCUCACCACGCGGCGAGCUGCAACGCACGGCGAAAACGGACAUAUUUUUCUGCGCUGUCCCGGCUUUAUCUACUUCUGAACCGCUACACGUGUAUUUUAUAUUUAUAUACUAAAGAAAAAAAGGUAGUAUACUGUUACAUGAGUGCCAAAGUAGAAGAUGAGAAAAAACCAAUUCUAUUGCAGUUCAUUAUGUUUUUUUCCCGCCUCUGGCCUUCCCAGGACACUAAAACCCUUCAGCAGGGGCAGUUUCUAUGUGUCGCUUUAUAGGAUGUGGAGCUCCAGUUUGUCAAACUCAACACAGACUAAAAGAAGCACAUUCUGCCUUUUUACCCCGGUGGAGUUCAUUGGGACAGAAAUCUGUGGAUCAAAUAGACAGUGUUUUUAAGUACAAACAUGCUAUUACCAUAUGCACAAAGCAGAUAUCUGUUGCAUGCUUAUUUUUCUGACUGUAUGAGCCGUAGACUCUAGGAUGCAGUACACGUCUGGUUUCAUUGUAAAGUUUAGUAUUACAAUAUAAACUAUGUUAAUAUAUAAUUGUUGUAUGUUUUGGAUAGUCUUAUUCUAAAGAAAACAAAAAGUUUUGUUCUUGUCUUAUGUUCUGCUUGACGCAACUCUUUAUGUCGCAGAAACCCCUCGAUUAUAUGUCAACCUUUUUUUUUUUUGUAAAUAUGUUUCAAAGAGAUGUUGCAAAAAGAGAAUUUACUUGCAGAUUUUAUACAACAAACUGAAUGUGCUUUUACUACCGCAGUUUGAACCUAUCUAUGUUCAGUUUACCCCCAACAAGAGUAUACAUAUACAUAUGGCUGAAUCUUUGGUAGCUUUGGUAUCAGCAAACCUUGUUAUAUGUACUUCCACAUUUUGUCCAUUAUUUUCUACUACUCGUUGUCAUGGCGAAUAUGCAGCACCUACUGUGCGUGAGACGGUUGGACGCCCUCUUGCCUUGGUCGUCUCAGGGCCGCCUCCUUCUUCACAAAUUCAAAAGCCAGAAACGGUACAGUUGGAGGAUUUUCUUCUUCUUUUUUUUUCCUCCCUGCGUAUAUUGUGUGCAUGCGUGAGACGAGGCCUGAUCAAAGCAUGCAAAAAGACCCCUGCAUGACACGGAGAUCACGGAGCUUAGCGAUUCUCCCACUUGUGGUGCGCAGGAUGAGACAAACCAACGGGCACGGUGCGCUUUUCUACUCAUCGUCUCAUCGCGUAGCCCGACAUGUUCGGCUAACAAAGCUGAAUCAUGAACAAGACAAAUAUCUUUAAGAUGCUUCUGUUGUUUUAUUUGUUCCCUGUUGCCAAUUUUGUAGUUUUUUUUUUAUCCUAUUCUUUUUUGGGGGGGGGAGCGGCUACUACUGAGGCACACAACGCUACAACAAGGAUGUUUCAUAAAUACUGCCAAACUUACUCUCAGCCCCGGAAUUAGUGACUUCACACGUCCAGCUGUCACAUCUGGACCAAAUGACAUUUUUUACGGUCAAGAGAAACCUGAAUGUUUACAUGUCUCACAUUGAGAAUCGGAGGAGAGGAAGAGAAAAAAACAGGACAGAAAUAUUCACGCGUCAGGGUAAAGCCCCACUACAGUCAGAGCCACAGGGAUGUUUAUAUGUGUCUGCUUUCACUGCCCCUGCUUUUGUUAACCUGAUUCUCCUUGCUCCUCUGUUCAGUGUGGUAUGAUGAUACUGUGUCUAAAUAAAGUAUGAAAA